AUGGGUUUCGUAGUUUAUCUAAGCUUUUACAAAAAUAGUGGAAACGCCUCGCCUGUGGACAUCUUAAUAGAAAAGGCAAAUAUUUACUACCAACAACCUUUAAAGAACGGUUUAACUCAGGAAAUUAUUUUAAAGGAUUUGAAUGAAGUGCAAUUCUUAAAGGAUUUUAAACUUAUUAUCCAUGGUUUCACGGCGAGCCGUCUUCAUAGCUCCAUAAAGCCACUGAAACAAGCUUAUCUGGACCAGGGUAAAGAUAAUGUGCUGCUAGCGGAUUGGUCAGAGGCGGCUAAAGUAGAUUAUCCCACUGCUAGAAAAAUUGUGCGAAAAGUUUCCCUGACCUUAGCCAAAAUUUUGGAAAAUUUUAUCAAAAAAUUUAAUAUCGAAAAAUCUGAAAUACAUAUUAUAGGGCAUAGCUUAGGUGCUCACAUUGCCGGCUGUGUAGGGCAUUAUUUUAGUGGAUCUCUAGGUAGAGUGACUGGUCUGGAUCCGGCUUUACCUCUCUUUACGCCCAAGUCCUCUGAUAGUUUAAAUUCAAAUUCGGCCCAAUUCGUCGACGUUAUACAUACUGACUAUCCAGUGUUCGGUGAUAUUCUUCCUCGAGGUACCCUCGACUUUUAUCCAAAUUAUGGUUUUACGGGCCAAAAGGGUUGCGACGAGUUCGAUUUAGCUGCAGCCAGUAAAUUGAUAUUUAAAGCUUACAGUUGCAGUCAUAAUCGCGCUGUGCUACUCUAUGCGGAGUCGAUAGGGUUGCCGAGAAAUUUUCCUUCCAUACCUUGCAAUUUGCAUGGGAUCAAGUCACGAAAUAUCGGGAUUUGUCACCAGGAGAUCGUGGAGCGAGGCUUAACUAUAAACUCGCUUCGUGAAGCUAUUGCAGCAAUGGACAAUGACACAGUUGUAUACAUGGGAGAAGGUACACCAAAGAGAAACAUAUUGGUAGUUAAGACGAUACACGAUUCCUUUAAACCAGCCGUCCCUACGGGCAAUCUAUUCCUGGAUAAAGUGAAAGGCAAUCAAUAAUGCGAGAAGUGAUUGAUAGCGAUUGAUAGUGGGAUAGAAAGAACCUUCAAGGUUAAAUGUAAACUUAGAUUAAUAUCUCUCAGCCGUAAUAUUUCUUGCUUUUUACUUAUCAGAGAGAUGCUCCAACUGGCUUAAUGUUUUUAUAGAAACGCCUUUUCUAACGGACGGUAACGUGUUUUAGCGCUACUCUUGACUACCUCUUGUUUCAUUCUUAGUCCAGAGGAAUACAGAAAUCGAUGGAGUUGAUUAUACUCCGCAAUGUCGGACGACAUGCGAGAGAACAGUUUCUUGUUUUCUUGUCCUUUUAAGCGGUCGCUUGUCAUAAGAGCUUGUAA